AGCUCGUGGAGAGAAUGAAUGAGGAGGAGGGAGCGGAGGGGCAUGAGGCUCAGCCUUCAACGGUGCCGCAAGACUUUUCGACGUCAUCAUUUCAAUCUACCCUGGCCCAGGACACUGUCUACUUUUGCGAUGGAGUCCGUCGGAUCGAUUUCAUCCUCGCGUUCGAUGAUGAGGUCCAUUCUCAGGACGCCAUCAACAAUCAGAAGAAGAGGACCGAAUAUCAGGCAAGCCUGAUGAAGAUGGGGCUAGAUCUCGAGAUUGAACCCAAGGAGGAGUCGGUGAGCGGACGCACCACCUUUGUGAAAGUACACGCGCCAUGGAACCCACUCACCACCUAUGCCGAGAUUCUACACAUCCAGGCAAGAGUGCCACUCAAGGAGAGCGACCUCCCCCAGGUGUCAGGCUCAGACAGUGGGCCUCUUCACUACCUGGGAAAUAUUCACCACCUGAAGCCGGGAGCCGUGCCCAAACAACCGGACUAUUUCACGGCACCCUACCGGCGUUCGCAGCAGGACAUCUAUCCUAUAAAGGAUCAUGACGUCCUCAUCCCACCGGCCGUACGCAGCCAAAUCGUCCACUACAUGCUGCAAAACCCCAUGCCACAAGACAGCACGAACAUAUUAAAUAUCAACCAAAUGAUUGAAAAUGGCUGCUAUACUGCAGCCUAUCCACUGCAUGACAGUGAGUCUGUUCAUCCCACCAAAAACCCGAACACGCUGGGCGACCGCAACACGCUGCGACGGGAGUGGGCGAGAGCCGGGCGCUCUUUCAAGGAGCAGCCUCUUGACCUUGUGCGGUCAUACUUCGGGGAGCAAGUGGGGCUCUAUUUUGCAUGGCUCGGCUUCUACACAAAGAUGCUGAUCUUCGCUGCAAUCGUCGGCCUGAUCUCCUUUUUCUUUGGAGUAUUCAGCAAUGACCGUGACAUCACUAGUGGAGAAAUAUGCAACAACACCAUCGGAGGAUCCCUGGUCAUGUGUCCCCAGUGUGACCAAAAAUGCACCUUUUGGAGGCUAAAUGAUACCUGCGAGACUGCGAAGACUUCACACAUGUAUGAAAAUCCGGUCACCAUAUUCUUCGCAGUUUUCAUGGGACUUUGGGCCACGGUGUUCCUGGAAUUUUGGAAGCGUCGCCAGGCAUCGCUCGCGUACCGCUGGGACCUGACGGCAGCGGCGGAGGAAGGAGACCCCAUCCGGCCCGAGUACCUGGCUCGCUGCACGACCACGAAAUGUAACAUCAUCACCAUGGUAAUGCUUUUUGCUGUCACCACGGCGACUACCUCAUUGCACACACACACCUCUGUUUUGUUUGCUGAAGCAGAUGAGGAGGAGCCUCAUAUGCCUAAGAGGAUACUGAGGUUCCGUUACUGCCUCUCUGGGAUCAUGGUGUUGUUCUGGAUCCUCCUGAUUCUUGCUGCAAUUUUGGGUGUGGUUGUUUACCGCCUGUCCAUCUUUGGCAUACUCUCCUCGAGUAUCCCCAAUCAUGUGACCAAGAUCAAGGUGAUCGGUGCCCUACUCACACCUGAUAUGGUUACCACCAUCACGGCCUCCAUCCUCAACAUCGUAAUCAUAUUACUACUCAACAAAGGUUACGACAAGCUGGCCCUCGUCCUCACUGAUCUGGAGAUGCCCAAGACGCAAGGAGAAUAUGAGUAUCGGCUGACGUUCAAGAAAUUCUUAUUUCAGUUCGUCAACUUCUACUCGGCGUCUUUCUACAUUGCAUUUUUCAAGGGGAAAUUCAUCGGCUUCCCCGGAAGCUACACUUACUUUGGAAAAUGGAGAAUCGAGGAGUGUCCCCCAAACGGCUGUCUCUUUGAACUGACUUCUCAACUCACUGUCAUCAUGGUAGUGAAGCAGAUGGUUGGCAAUUUUCAGGAGGUCAUCAUCCCAUGGUUCAGCAAUUGGUGGGCCCAGCGUCGGGCCAAGCUAAGGCCUGAGGCUGUCUACACGCGCUGGGAGCAAGACAUGGACCUACAGCCCCAGAGCCCACUUGGACUCUUUGAUGAAUACCUCGAGAUGGUUAUCCAAUUCGGGUUUGUCACUCUCUUCGUGGCAUCAUUUCCACUUGCGCCAUUGCUCGCACUGCUCAACAACAUCAUCGAAGUGCGGGUCGACGCGUGGAAGCUCGUAACAAAGAUGAGGAGGCCUGUGGUUUCGCGAGCAAGAGGAAUUGGAGCCUGGGCCGACAUUCUGAGUAUCGUUGCCACCCUCUCUGUAAUCACCAAUGUAAGUCGCCAGAUUGUCCGCUCGCUUUCUCGCUCAAUAUCCCAUCUUAUGAGUGACAUAACAUGUCAUGUUAGCCGUGUGGGUUCUUUUUACCAUACUUCACCAUUCUGGUCAUGGCAGGUUUGAGAAGAGGUGUAGUGGGGGACCAGGAGCGGUUCGGGUAUCACUCGUCACUGAUGUUAGUCGUAGCUGGAAGUCAAUUGCAUGUGUGCUGAAUUCAAAGUGCAGUGCACGAAUCACUGCACCACCGCUCCUAUCCACUCUCUCCCAAAAUCGCAAAAGGUAAAGCCUUGCAAUUGCUUGCUCAUGUCACUGCUGGCAGAAGGGCCUCAACUAAAGGUAGCUCUAGAGAACCCCUCUACACGGUAUUUGGCCUACUCUUCCAUGAUGACCAGACAUGUUGUAAGAUGUGGAAUUACCUGUGCUAAAACAGUGAUGAACCCAUUUAUAUUGCUAAUUGGACAGAGGUGGGGGAGAUUUAAGAAAAUGAUCCAUUGCUUCAACUGUUGUGUCAGGAGACUGAACUGACGACUGCCAGAUUGCAAGUCCUUAUAUGGUAACCAUUUCACUCUGGCAGCAACCCCCCAAAUUGUAUUUGUGAAAAUUAAUGUAAUUGCCAAGGUAAGAUGUUCAGAAGCCUUGGUCAAAUCAUUGCAUGCUAAGUGACCGCUAUCGCUGUGCCUCCGUAUGCUAAUUCCACAGUCAUGCAUCUUGGCGUUCACAACGGACAUCAUCCCACGCCUGGUGUAUUAUUAUGGAUACUCAGCAGAGUAUGGCACAGGUUCGCCUACAAUGCAUGGGUACACGGAGGACAGCUUUUCAAUUUUCAAGAUCAGCGACUUCAAGGAGCAAAAUUAUCCCAACAUCCUGCCAGCCUGGUUUGAUCCGGCAAUCCACACAACCUGCAGGUUUGUGCCAUUCAGUGUCAUGCCCAGCUAUCGGGGGUGCCGUCCCUGCGAAUGUGAUGCACUGAUGUCUGGGUGUGUUGUCCAGGUAGAUGCGACAUCCUUCUGGGUGUGGCGUCCUCCUGGCUCUGCCCCUUCCUGAUUAGGCUCGUUCUCUUCCUCUUUUCACUCCGUGACUUUCCUUUUAAGACCCACACUUCCCCUAGGCCCCACCUCUGUUUAGGCCCUGCCCCUUACCGUGGACACAGGGUUUGGCUUAGUUGGGUAGUAAGGGGUUGUGGUAGGGUUGGGGGAAGAGUGUGCAUGGUGGGUGGGGACAGUAAAGGGGGUGGGGGGGGGAAUUGGAGGGGGGGAGCAGUGGGUACGGGUGGGAUGGCUUCACAACCAAAGUCCCACUUAGAGAAAUAUAAUAAUAGAUUGAUAUAAAUUCUAGCUCAUUGUUACCUUGCUAAAGAGUAAUGUUAUUUAUUUAUCUAUCGAUCCACGACUGCUUAAUUGAGUCUCAAGAUCCCUUUGCAG